AAUUUUGGUCACUGCUAAAUUUUUAGGAACACGUUCUUAACAUUUUAGCCAGAUUUAUUUUUACUACGUCCGAUUUUGUAAUGCUCUUGCUUAAAUCACCGGCACCGCUGAGUCGGCUGCCAAUGCUUCGAUGUAGCAAUUGUUUCUUCAAAUGGUCACUGAACACGCAGAAGCAGCCGCAGGAGCAGACGAUCAAUGAGAAGCAGUUGCCCAAACAGCUGCAGAAACCCAAGGCUGUGACGCCGCCAAUUAUCAAUAUCAAGGAUCAGCGGGACAAAUGGCUGGCAAAAGUGUCGCCAAAAUUGCCAAGCAAAUCAAAGACAAAGACAGCUGCUGGGGCAGGCAGUAAGUUCCCCCAACAAGCAUUUGGCAUGCCACAAGAAUUUCAACAGACACAGCCGCCGCCAACACAAUCGCCGAACGAAACAGUCGGCAGCAACAGCAGCAGUGUUUCCGAGCGCAAUUCCUGGAUGAAUCGUAUGCAUGGCAAGCAACAGACCAAGCAGGAGCAGUGGCUCAAGGACAUGCAGGCCAAGCAGCAGCAAGGGCGCGAUAUGCAGCAAUUAAAGAUGCAAAAAAUGCAACAGUCUCAAUCCACUGAGGCAACGGAAACUAAAUCAGAUGAAGCACCCGCUGAGAUUGUGGCCAAAACUCCCGAGCGUCUAGCCUAUCUCUCAACCAUUAAGCAGCUAAACACUUAUCUAAUACACGAACCCGUCGUGGGUCGAGCCGUGUCGAAAACCAGCGGCGAUCAAAUGGAUCCAAAUAUUACGCAUACGCUGCAGUGUCUGAGUCAAACGGGUCUCGAACCGGAGCAAUUGCUGAGUUUGCCUGUCAUCCAGGUAGCUGGUACAAAGGGGCGUGGCACCACCUGCCUCCUAGUCGAGUCCAUAUUGCGAGCUCAUGGCAUCAAAACGGGUGUCCUGUGUGCGCCCCAUCUCUUUCUAACCAACGAACGCAUUCGCAUUGAUGGCGCGCCGCUGGAGGAGACAAAGUUUACGCAGCUCUUUGAUGAGUUACAAUCGCAACUUGGACAAAUGCAGCCGCCUCCCAGCUACAAUAAGCUGUUAACUGUGAUGGCCUUUCAUGCGUUUCGCAAUGACAGCGUGGAUGUGGCCAUUGUGGAGAUCGGCAGCGCUUGUGCCGGAGAUUGUACCAAUAUAAGCGGACAUGCAGAAACCAUUGGCAUUAGCAGCUUGGGCUGGGAGCAGAAUUUCAGUUUGGGCAAUUCGUUGCGGGACAUUGCGUGGGCCAAGGCGGCGAUUAUGAAAAAGGAUGCCAGCAUCUAUACCAGCGCCAGUCAAACGGAAUGCUGCGAAGUCCUUGGACAACGUGCCAAGCAAUUGGGCGUCGAACUGCAUCGUGUGCCCGGCAUUCCGGCGUAUAUCGAGAGCAAUCUUGACUGCAAACAGCUGCUGAAUGGCAUUAAUUUUGGGGUGAAGCUAAAUGCCUCGCUGGCCAUUCAGUUGGCCUACGAUUAUUUGAGGCGCUAUCAACCCGAAUAUGUUGCGGGCUUGGAGCAUAAUAGCACCCAGUUAACCCCGGGCACAAAGCGGGGACUCGAGCUCUUUGAGCGGCGGGGUCAAUUUGAGAUCAUGAAGCACGAUAUAUUCAAUGUACAUCUGGAUUGUGCUGAUACGCUGGAGAGCAUGAUGAUGUGCCGGGAAUGGUUCUAUACGCGUACUCGCAGCAGUCGCUUCCCAAAGAUCCUCCUCUUUAGCAAGGUCAAUGAAUACAACUCCAAGGAUCUAUUGACUAUACUGCGACACAAUACGCGAUUUGAGGAGGCGGGCUUUGUGCCCAGUCCCAGUUACUUUGAAGGUGAGCCCGUCGCGGAGCUGGAGCAGGAGUCCAACAAGGAUGAGAAUGGCAACGCUGGCAUUAGUUGGAAAGAUAUGGAGGAGCUGCAACGUGCUCGUCGCAAUGCCAGCAAUUGGCGUUCCUUGUGCGAGGAGACCGGCACUCGCGAUAAUUCCCACUUAUCCAUCUCGAUCGAAGCCUUCUUCGAUCAUCUGCGCGACAAAUAUGGCAAGCAGCGCUAUGGCAUGCGCAACGAACUCGAUGUCCUGGUCACAGGAUCAAGAGAACUGGUGGCCGGCACCAUCAACUAUAUACAGCAACUGAAGAACAAAGAAUUCGGCAAAUGGCGUUAAAAAAAAAACAACUCAGACAAUUCCCUGGAAAUAAUUUGGUGCAAGUCAACUUAAUUUGUAAUUGUUUAACGUUCUAGUUUGUUCUCUGUGAAUAUGUAUAUAUAUAUA